AUGAUUCUAACGAAUAUGGUGCAGACAACAUAUCAAAGCAGUAAAACGUUGUUGUUAUUAUUUUUAUUGUGCAUCGUUUGUCCGAUUCAGAGUCACUAUAAUCAGCAGCAGCAGCAGCAGCAAAAAGUACAGGGUAACCUUAGUAGUAGUAGCAGUAGGAUAAGUAACGUAGGUGCAACGUUAGCGGCGGUGGCAUCGACAAAAACAACAUUUGUCGGCGGCAGUCAGAGUAGUAGACGAAAGCUGCCCAUUCAACAGGUCUACCAUGUGAGUUCGUCGAUAAAAAACCUGUGUUCGAAAGAUCGCGACAUGAAAUUGGUGUGUCACUGUUCGCCCGAGGAUUAUAUCCACAUAAAAGCCACGAAAGCGGAUUGUUGGAUUUUCCACGAUGACUUUCCCGAACACGACCUCAACUGGCUCGCCUUCGAUACGCAACUCUACAUCGAGGAUCUGAAAAUCACGAUUCAACGAACAGGCCACCUUGGGUACAUCCCAGUGCAAAUUAUGCAAAAACUCAAAUAUCUCAAGGCACUGGACAUCAGCUACGGACAAAUUAGCAACAUCCCAACCUACGCUUUCGGCAAUCUCACACAAAUCCGCCAGAUCAGCUUGGAAAACAACCAAAUUAAAUAUGUUUUCGCGUAUGCGUUUGCCAACCAUCCCGAUCUGGAGGAAAUUAGUUUGGAGCAAAACUACAUCACGGACAUUGAUAAAAUGGCAUUUGUCAAUGUGCCGAGUCUCGUGUCGCUCAACAUGGCGAAGAAUAAUUUGACGCAGAUACACGACGACGUGUUUGCCGAGCUGCGAAAACUAAUUGAUUUGCGUUUGGAGUCGAACACGAUAUCGUCGUUGACGCGCGAAAUGUUCAAAGGACUCGGCAACUUGAGGAAUUUGCGGUUGUCAUACAAUAAUUUGAAUUUUAUUGGUGAUACGGUGUUCGCGGAACUGUGGGGAUUGGAACAACUUGAUUUGGAUAACAAUAAUAUUGAGAAAAUUUCUGAACGUGCUUUUGACGGAUUAAAUGUGCUUAAACAGUUGCGGUUAGAAGAUAAUAAAUUACUCGUGCUCGAGCAAGGUGUUUUUACCGGAGUACCAGCACUCAAGUAUCUCGACUUGAGUAAUAAUAGAUUAGAGACGAUUACUUUUGUCAACAUUCUACCGCUUUGGGAUAAUUUAGUAAAUGCAUCUAGUACGCUGGAUUUAACAGAGAAUCGUCUCGUCUGCGAUUGUCGUCUCAAGUGGGUCUUCGAACUCCGACAAAAAACCAAGCAUGAAGACAUGCGUCAGAGCUUGCAACGGAUCGAGUGUCGUUACGACGACGCCUCGUCUUCCAACACGCACGUCAUCGACAACACUUUGUUGCAUCAACCGCCCCACGGGCCCAACGACGAUGGGCAGUACGAGGAUGAGCCGGCUUACGAGGCAGAUCUCGCUCGUGGCAACGUAAUCCAAUUAUUGCACUUUGGCGAGGAGCAACUUCCAUGCCCGCAGCGACUAAUAGCUGCUGAUCCGACAGAAUUGCCGCUGCCACGCGAAUCCAUUGGCAUGGACCUGAGUUGGAGAUCGCCCGAGACAAGUGGAGGCGACAGGUCACACGUGAAUUUUUUCAUAUUAUUGUUAUGCCUUACAGUCCCCGUCAGCGUGUCGCCUGAAGACAAAGCAACGCAUCUUCAACUCAAAUGUCAAAUCAGUCCUGCGAGACUAAUUAGUUGCACGAUAUCAAACCGUGAGUUGCACGAUAGAUACGAGCAGAAACUUGUCAAAAUCGAAGUGAAAAGAAGAAAAUUGGGCUGGGUGGGGCACACACUUCGUCGCGACGCCGAUCACAUUAGCAAAAGAGCUCUUUUCUGGAAUCCUCAGGGCUUAAGACGACGCGGAGCUCUUUGCAAAACUUGGAGACGAAUUAUGGAGGCCGCAAUUCGAACAAUUGAUCGCGAUCUCACCAUGCGAGCUAUCGCAACAUUGGCAACGAACCGACAAAACUGGAGGGAAAUCACCGCGACCCUAUGCCUCUGA